AUGCUCCGCUCCCUCUUGUCCUUCGCUACGGCUACGGCCCUCAUCUCCUCGAUUGUCUCGGCUGUUCCCUUGAAUCAUGCCCGCGCGGCCCACCCCAAAGCCUGGGAUAACUGGGGCUAUCAAGAAUGCAACUCGGAAACCAUCAGGACGCGAGUCGACUUUAACAAGAUGGCUCCCGCUGACCGCAAGGCCUAUACUGACGCCGUCAAGUGCCUCAUGGGCCAGGCCUCUCAGCUCGACCCGGUCCAAUAUCCCGCCGCCAUCAACCGCUAUAUGGAUUAUGCCGUCAUCCACGUCAAUCGAACACAAUACGUCCACCUAGACGCCUUCUUCUUGACCUGGCACCGGUACUUCCUCUGGCUAUACGAGACCGACCUCCAACAAACCUGUGGAUAUACCGGUGCAUUCCCAUACUGGGACUUCGCCUCGACGGCCUCUGACCCUCACGCAUUCCCCAUCCUCGAUGGCUCCGAAUACUCCAUGUCCGGCGACGGUCUCUACAACAACACCGGUCCUAUCCAACUCGGCGCUGAAUUGACCAUUCCUCACGGCACUGGCGGCGGUUGCGUCACCACCGGCCCGUUCGCCAACAUGGUCGCGCCUCUCAAAUUCAUCGAUCCCACACAACUCACCACCGGCGUCCUCCCCGACGGAGCUUUCGACUAUAGCCCAAUCUGCCUAAUGCGCGACCUGAACGCCUACGUCUCGCAAACCUACACCAACGAAGCCGAACUUGUGGCCGCGGCCCACGCCGACAACGCGACAGAAUUCGAAUUCCUCCUCAACGGCGUCAUCGGUGGCGCCAGCCUCGGCAUCCACUCCGGUGCCCACUUCUCUGUCGGCGGGCAGAUGAGCAGCAUCCACGUGUCGGCCCAAGACCCCCUCUGGUAUCCCUUGCACACCAUGAUCGACAAGGUCUACACCAGCUGGCAGAUCAACUACCCCGGCCGCGCAGAUCAACUGGACGGCAGCACAGGCACCGCGCUGAACACGCCCCCCAGCGACAUCGUCACGCUCGACUCCAUCAUGCCGGACUGGGGAUACUUCCAACUCGCCCCAAUUCAGGUCAGAGAAUUGAUUAGCACCACGGCCGGCCCGUUCUGCUAUCAAUACGACAACGUCAUCUCGUAA